AUGGAAGCAGGCCAGGUCUCCAACUGGUUUGCGAAUGCGAGGCGUAGGCUCAAGAACACAGUUCGACAGCCUGACUUGAGCUGGGCCCUACGCAUAAAGCUGUACAACAAAUAUGUACAAGGCAAUGCUGAGAGACUCAGCAUUAGCAGUGAUGACACAACAUCAGACGAUGGGGAGAAUCCUUUACAGAUUCAGUCCAGCGAAUCAGACUAUAACAGACCCACGCACAAGAGCGUUAUUCAGGACAGCAGAGGCAAAGGGGUGGGGCGAAGCGCAGACCCCUCGGUUUGUGAUGAUUAUGUGUCUCCACCAAAAUACAAGAACAGCUUGCUAAACCGCUAUCUAAAUGAUUCCCUUCGGCAUGUAAUGGCCUCCGAAAAAGUUAUGGACUCUCGGAAGAGGAACCACUCUGGAUCGUUUAGCUCCAACGAGUAUGAGGAUGAUUUUCUCUCACCAUCAUCAGAAGCUGAGGCAAACUUCACCUACCGUACAGUGACGUUGGACUGUGGCACACGCCAAAGCGAGAGCGUUGCUCGCAAAGGUGGCGGAGGAGGAAAUAACGAGACCUACUGGAAAGAGCUCCAUGCUGCCAUGGCCCUGACCAACCUGGCCCAGGGGAAGGAGAGCUCAACGCCGGGCACCACCAGCUGUAUCAUCCAGAAGUCUUCCCAUAUAGCAGAGAUUAAGACCGUCAAAGUGCCCAUACAACCCCGACAUUAG